AUGGUCAGCCGUGAGCCCGUGCCCGGCCCGGCCCCCGCCGGCGAGGGCAGCCAGGAGAAAGCCAUGACGGUGCGCUCGGUGCUGCUCAACCGCGACUCGCCCGACAUCGAGAGCCGCCUCAAGCGCCGGCGCAACCGCACGCAGCAGGUCCGCUUCAAGGACCUGGUGGAGGCCGGCGCGGGGCGGGCGGACAGCCCCCCGCCCGGGCCCGCGGCCGGACCCGGCCACAACACCCCACGUGCCUCGCCGCCCCCCAGGGACCCCCCUGAGCCGGCGGCUCUCCGUGCCUCGCGGCGCAGCUGGCCCCAGGCGCAGCCGGGCUCGCUGACGCUGCCCAUGCCCAGGAAGGCGUGCAUGAGCACCGCCAUCCAGACCUCCCCCAGCCUCCAGAAGCCCUUCCCGGCCCCCCAGCCCCGCAGCAAGAGCGUCUGCGACGUGGCGGAGGAUGCCGUGCCGCCCGCCGCGCCGAGCGCCCGGUGCCCGGCGGCGGCCGCGCCCCCCGUGCCCAGCUGGGCCGUGCCCCCUCGGGCCCCCGGCAGCAUCCCCACCCGCGACCACGCCGCGGGCCUCACCCAGCAGGCCGAGGCGCGCCGCACACCGCCGCCGCCACCACCCAGGGACCCCCCACCCCCUUACCAGGGCGCGGCCGGGUGUCCCGCCGCCCGCUGCGCCCCUCCGCUACAAAGCUGCACCCCCGAGCCCUGCCCGCCAGCCCCAGCCUGUGCCCCGCUCCGCGGGAGCCCCCGGGGCGCCCACGGGCUCACGGCACGCCCGGCCUCCGUGCCCUGCGGCCGGCCCCCGUUGCCCGCCGAGCGGCGGGGGCUCGGCCGGAGCGAUUCGGAGCGGACCCUGCCCUGCCAGCCCUCGCCGCACCGCCGGCAGCCCGUCCCCGUCACCGACACCCCCGGCGUCCGCCAGCCACCUCAGGGCAACCCCCCGCGGGACCCCCCGGCCCCCCAGCACCAGCUCUGCGCCGCGCUUUGGGGGGGACCCUGCUGCGCCUCGCCAGCCCCCGGCCCAGCAGCGCCGGGCUGGCACAGCUCGGCCGCCGCCACGCCGGACCAGACACCAGCUGCCCUCGGCGCCUGCAGCCGGCUCCGCGCCGCCGAACCCGGGCGCGGCCGGCCCGGGGAGCCGCCGGCCGCAGCCCCGCAGGGCCCCAGAGCCGGGGCGCGAUCGGCCGGGUGGGCGGCGGAGCCCCCCCGGCACGGACAGCCCUGCCUCGCCGCCGAGCAGCCGGACACGCGGCGCCACGUCCAGGACCUUCUGCAGCUGGUGGUGGUGGCCAAGGGGCCGGUGGGAGCGCCAGCCAGGGAGGAGGACGCCCGGACAUCUCAGGGAGAGGGCCCCCGGGGGCCCGGGGAGCAGGGGGACCUGCAUUCCCAGCUGCAGUCCCUGGAAGGGGUGCUGGAAACCAGCCAACAAACCAUCCGGGUGCUGCUGGACGUCAUCCAGGACCUGGAGAAGAAGGAGGCGCAGCGGGAUGGGCGGCACUCGUACCGGACCGGGCAGGACAUCGCCAACUGCGGGACCUGCCGGGACUGUGCCUGCAUCAUCUACAGCGUGGAGCACGAUUUCCGACAGCAGGAAGGCCGCUUCCAGCAGGUGCUGAGCCACAUCGAGGGCGACACGGGGCCGAGCUCCCCCCCGACGGCGCUGGGGGCGGCGGGGAGCCCCUCACCGCCCGGGCAGGAGGCGUCGCCCGUGUCCAGGCUGCCGGCAAAGCUGGACGUGAAGAAAUCCCGGCGCAAAUGCUUCUGGUUCCUGUGAGCGCGGUGAGCCCGGAGCGCGGGGGCACGGCCCCAGCACUGACCCCCUGCCCACCUCUCCUCUCUCCGUCCCUCCCUCCCUCCCGCGGUAGGGUUUGGGUAGCACCAGCUUUUCUAAUUUUAACCAUUCCGUUGAAGGCGGGGAGCU